AUGGUUCUUCACGAGGCAACCAUCUAUCGAAAUUUUGAGGCAGUAAAACUAUUGGUGCAACGUUGUCCAGACCUAGUUUCCAUUAGGAAUGAUAGCGGUGAAACCCCAUUGUUUAAAGCUGCUAAAUUUGCCGAGGCAGAAAUGGUGAAGUUCUUGCUUCAGUUACCAACACAAAAUAUGGUGGAUGAUGAUGGCUGCAUAGAAUCAAUUCACCGCCAAAGAUCAUCAGAUCAUCUCUCCAAUAUCCUUAGCGCUGCUAUCCUAGGGCAACACUAUGAAACAGCUUUGAUGUUGCUAGAACUGGAUGAAUCGCUCCACAGCUUGAAGGACAAACACGGCAUAACUGCUCUUCAACUUCUAGCCCUCACCCCAUCUGCUUUUAAGAGCCUUCCUGUUACACGUCGCCACAAGGUAAAAAAAUUGCAGGAAGAAGCUUCGAGGUUGGGAGAUCUGGAGAGCGGUUUGGGGAGGAAA